UUCUUACGCUAUUUUCAGCGACUAUAACCCACGACAGCGCAGGACAGGAGGAUCUCGCAGGGUUUUAGGUGAUGGCUUCAAAGCGGAUCUUGAAGGAGCUCAAGGAUCUCCAGAAAGAUCCUCCUACCUCUGGCGGCGCAGGUCCUGUUGCUGAAGACAUGUUUCAUUGGCAAGCAACUAUUAUGGGUCCUCCAGACAGUCCAUAUACUGGUGGAGUGUUUCUAGUCACCAUUCAUUUCCCUCCAGACUAUCCAUUUAAACCACCCAAGGUUUCGUUCAGGACAAAGGUCUUUCACCCUAAUAUUAACAGCAAUGGUAGCAUCUGCCUUGAUAUUUUGAAGGAGCAAUGGAGCCCCGCCCUCACCAUAUCCAAGGUCUUGCUCUCAAUCUGCUCACUCUUAACGGAUCCAAAUCCUGAUGACCCAUUGGUGCCCGAGAUUGCUCACAUGUACAAGACCGACAGGAGCAACUACGAAACGACUGCUCGGAGCUGGACCCAGAAGUAUGCUAUGGGUUGAUAUGCUGGUAUGUAUGCAAUAGAAUGGCUUCAUUCCGUUCGGGCUUUGGUCUUUAAAUUAAUGUAUAAAUCAAAGAGUCAACGUGUCAU